AUUAUGGUGGGGUAUGAAAAUUCCGUUCGUCCAGUAUUAAAUUCCUCUACUGUUGUCAUUGUUAAAUUUGCUUUAAAACUGAAUCAAAUAGUUGGCUUGGAUGAAAGGCAUCAAGUUCUGACCACUAAUGUAUUCAUUGAUCAGACAUGGGUUGAUGAAAAUUUAAUCUGGGAUCCCGAAGACUAUAAUAAUAUAAGAUCCAUUAGAAUACCAACUAAAUUUAUCUGGCUUCCUGAUACAUUUAUAUAUAACAACGCUGAUGCAGGGUCAACAGGUUUUAUGCAAGGAUCGUAUGUGUUAAUACAUCAUGACGGAACAAUAAAAUGGCCUAUACCAUUUAAAUUAAAAAGUUCCUGUAAAGUUGAUAUAACAUUCUUUCCAUUUGACGAUCAGAUAUGUAUUUUACGUUUUGGUUCGUGGAUCUACAGUGGUAACUGGAUGGAUUUUACACCGCAGGCAGAGGACGAACCAAUCGACCUGUCUUCCUAUAUGAACAACAGUGAAUGGGAUCUGCUGUCCAUAAGCCAGCAGAAGAACAGCAGACGUCAUUCUUGCUGUCCAGAAAAGCAUCCAUUCUUGACGUUUAUGCUUCACAUUCGUCGAAAGACUUUUUACUACAUCUUCAACAUCAUUGUGCCAUGUUCUAUGCUGUCCAUUUUAACACUCUUAACAUUCUGGUUACCACCAACUUCCGGUGAAAAGAUAACUCUCGGAUUGUCUGUCUUCCUAGCAUUCUCUAUGUUUAUGCUACUGAUAGCUGAAGAAGUACCAGCGACAUCCGAAGCCGUUCCGUUGAUAGGUUGGUAG